AUGACUUCUCUUGCGUCGGGGCUUUUUAAGUCCCUCCCCAAGCCCAAAUACACUGGCGAGGAGGAAGAGAUACCUAAGCAUGCACAAGCUCGUGGUCCGCGUGUGGUGGGCGCCGACCAGCUCGACGAAACUCAAGUCGUCCUGCGGAAAACUGGCCCCCCUCCCUACGGAAACCGCACAGGAUGGCGACCGCGAGCCCCCGAGGAUUUUGGCGACGGCGGCGCGUUCCCGGAGAUUCUAGUGGCACAGUACCCCCUCGACAUGGGUCGUAAGGGAACACCGUCAACAUCGAAUGCGCUUGCAGUCCAGGUCGAUGCCGAGGGCAAAGUCAAAUACGAUGCGAUCGCACGCCGCGGACACAGCGAUAACCACAUCGUUCACGCCUCAUUCAAAGAUUUGAUUCCACUACGGCAGCGGGUAGAUAUGGGAGAAAUUUCUCUCGACAGACCCUCCGAAGAGGAUAUUCAGGCACAGAUGGAAAAGACAAAGAAUGCGUUGGCUAUCCUGGUGGAGGGAGCUGCGUCCGCACAGAAGCCCAAGAACGUCAAGGGCGGAAGCAGAGCUGAGCCGACUUUUGUCCGAUACACGCCGGCGAACCAGAUGGGCGAUAAUAGCAAAAAAAAUGACCGUAUUAUGAAGAUCGUGGAACGACAGCAGGAUCCUAUGGAACCUCCCAAGUUUAAGCACAAGAAGAUCCCUCGUGGCCCGCCAUCUCCUCCACCUCCCGUGAUGCACUCGCCAACCAGGAAGCUCACGGCCGAAGACCAAGAAGCCUGGAAGAUUCCCCCGCCCGUGUCGAACUGGAAGAACCCGAAGGGUUACACUGUUCCUUUGGAUAAGCGUUUGGCUGCGGAUGGUCGUGGAUUGCAGGAUGUCUCGAUUAACGACAAGUUCGCUCAGUUUGCUGAAGCUUUGUUCACGGCUGAUCGUCAUGCUCGUGAGGAGGUCCAACUCCGCGCUCAGAUGCAGCAGAAGUUGGCGGAGAAGGAGAAGGCUCAAAAGGAGGAGCAUCUACGACAAUUGGCACAGAAGGCCCGCGAGGAGCGUGCUGGGCCGAGCCGUCGUGACUCUCGAGCCCGGUCUCGCUCCCGUAGUGCCAGCCGCAGUGUUUCCUCUUACUCCUCGAGGUCUGGUACCCCGAGCGAAGACGAAAGUGCAGCUCGGGAGCGCGAGCGGGAACGUCGUGAACGGCGACAGGAGAAUGAGCGGCAGCUUCGUCAGUCCCGCAUGGGAACAGAGCGUCGGAUUCAGACUAUGGCGCGCGAGCAGAACCGUGAUAUCUCCGAGAAGGUGGCUCUUGGAUUGGCCAAGCCAACCCAAAGCUCCGAAUCCAUGUGGGAUUCGCGUCUAUUCAACCAGACUAGCGGCAUGAAUGCCGGUUUCAACGAAGACAACCCUUAUGAUAAGCCGCUGUUCGCUGCGCAGGACGCUAUCAACAGUAUCUAUCGUCCUCGGGCUCAGGCUGAUGCCGACGAUGAGGGAGCCGAUGAGGGUGAGAUGAGCAAGCUCCAGAAGACCAAUCGGUUUGAGGUUCUUGGACGGGCUAAGGAAGGUUUCCGUGGUGCUGCUGAUGCCGAGGAGCGCCAAGGUCCCGUUCAGUUUGAAAAGGACACCGCGGACCCAUUCGGCAUUGACAGCAUGAUUGCCGAUGUGACCACAGGUCAGAAACGCUACGGAAUCCAGGAAGCCGAGGAGGAUCGUGGAUCGAAGCGCGCCCGAGUUGAUGACGACUAA